CAGCGGUGGGAAGGGCACUUUGUUGCAGCUGCUGCGAGUUGAUCUCAAUGAGCAACACAAUCCACGUUGUGGAUUAAAUAUAUCCAGUAAACACAGAUUGCAGUGUGCAGCUGCGGGUGUGGAUGGGGGGAAACAGCCCGAGUCACUUCUCCCAUGAGGAUGGGGAAGGCGGAGGAGUAACUUUUGUGAAGGGCAUUCGGCUGUCAGACAAAGUCAUCAACCGGAUGAGACAGCCAUCAAAGCUCGUCUCUCCUCAGCUCUCACAGAAUGGAAAUCUUCCUCCUCCACCUGAAACACAAACACCCACCCCAGUUCCCGCCCCCUCUGUUGAACACCUAAUACCUCUUCUGACUCCUCCUCCAUUCAUCCCCCCGCUGGGAGCCCCGUCUACACCUCCGUCGGUGGAACCUGCUCCUCCUGUAAAGCUCGUCCCUCCCCCUCCUGUAAAGUUUCACUCCCUUCCUCCUGCCUCUGUGGAGCCUGCAGCCCCGCCUCCACCUCCAACCGACCCUGUUGUCUCAGCCCCUUCUCCUCCUCCAUCUCCUCCUCAGGAAGCCCCAUCCACACCUCCAUUAGUGGAAUCUCUUCCUCCUGUAAGUUUCCCCUCCCUCCCUCCUGCCUCUGUGGAGCCUGCAGCCCCACCUCCACCUCUAACCGAGCCUAUUGUCUCAACCUCUCCACCUUCUCCUCCUCCUCCUCCUCCUCAGGAAGCUUCAGCCACACCUCCAUUAGUAGAAGCUCCUUCUCCUGUAAGUUUCCCCUCCCCUCUUCCUGCCUCUGUGGAGCCUGCAGCCCCACCUCCACCUCCAGCCGACCCUGUUGUCUCAGCCCCCUCUCCUCCAUUUACUCCUUCUCCACAAGUAGAAGCACUUGUGGAGCCUGAAUUCACCCCUCUUCCUCCCCCUCCUCUUCAGGAAGCUCCAUCCACACCUCCAUCAGUGGAAUCUCUUUCUCCUGUAAGUUUACUCUCUCUCCCUCCUCCCUCUGUGGAGCCUGCAGGCCCACCUCCACCUCCAACCGACCCUGUUGUCUCACCUCCACCACCUCCUCCUCCUCAGGAAGCCCCAUCCACACCUCCAUCAGUGGAAGUUCUUCCUCCUGUAGGUUUUCUAUCCCUUCCUCCUGCAUCUGUGGAGCCUCCAGCCCCGCCUCCACCUCCAACCGACCCUGUUGUCUUAGCUCCUCCUCCUCCUCCAUCUACAGUAGAAGCACUUGUGGAGCCUGAACUUUCUCCUCCUCCUUCUCCUCCCCCGCCUCCUGCUGUAGUGGAGCCCGUAGUCCUACCGGCUCUUGAAUCCUUCAUCCCACCUCAUGUAGAGACAGAAACCCUGUCUACACCGCUGAUAGCAGAACAUGUCGUCGAACCUGUUGUCCUACCUCCACCUGUGGAGUCCACAGCAGCUGUAGCUCCUCCUGAACCACAAGCUUCGUCUCUGCCCUCUGAACUUGUGCAACCAACGCCUCCAACUACUAUUGAACCUGCUGCUCUUGCUCCCUCUGUGGAACCUCUUGAACCUCUCGCCCUGUUGCCACCAGUGGAAACGGUCUCACCUCCACCCACCGCUGAAUCGACACCAGUUGAACUAAUAACCACACCCUAUCCUGUUGAUUCAGCUCCAAUUGAAGCUGUAGCUUUGCCUCCGCAAGUGGAGACGACUCUUGUUGAGCCUGUCGUCACGCUCGCUGCAGUUGAAGAAGUGCCUCCAGUCGUGGCUCCAGCUGUGGAUCAGCCGCCUCCAUGUGAACUGGUUCCACCUCCACCUCCUCCAGAGCCUGUGGCAGCACCCUCUCCUGCUCCAGAGCUCACGUUUGAAGAGCCCUCCCCGCCCUGUCACUGUGAGGAACUGGCCAUCGUACCCACUGAUGCACCUGUGGAUGAACCCCUUGCAGAGCCUCUAGCACCACCUCCACUGGAUCCAGCUCCACCUGCUGAGGAGCCCACCACCACCCUGUCUCUGCCCCCGGUUGCUGAGGAUGAAAUGCUUGCUGUUGCCUCAGUGCCUCCACCUGCAGCAGCUUUGCCCGUUUCUCCUGAAGUGCUGGAGGAAGAGAUGAGGCAGAAGAUCAAAGAGGAGAUGCAGAUAAGUCUGGAGGAGGAGAUCAACCAGAAGAGGCAGGAGCUGCAGCAACAGCUGGAGGAGAUGAGGGCUCAGGCUCGAGCAGAGGCCAAAGCAGCAGCUCAGGCUCAGGUGGAGGAGCAGGUGAAGAAGACACUGGAGGCGGAGAAGACGGCGUACAUGGAGAACCUAACGGACUCCAUCAUGAAGGAGCGAAUGAAGACAGAGGAUCAGAGGCUCAUGGUGCAGCUUUAUUGGAUGGAGCUGAAGGCUCAUCAACUGGAGGAGAAGGAGAAAGCUUUAAAGAAACAAGACGCUCUGUACAAGGAACAUGUCGCAAAACUUGAAACAAAGUGUACCCAGUUUUACAAAGUGACUGCUGAGAGCUUCCAGAAGGGCAAAGAGGAGACUCACAACCGUUUUGCGCGUUUCAAUAUCCAGCCAGUGUGUGGAGACUUGCAGAGCCAGAUUUUAAAAUGCUACAAGGAGAACACAGGAAAGACCUUGACUUGCUCGAGUAUCGCCUCGGCCUACAUGCAGUGUGUGGACAACGCCAAAAAGAAUAAAUUAAGCACUGGAGGUUAAUAUGGAGCAUUUGAUGACAUCGACAGCCUUACUGUUGACAGAAAACUACAAACACACAAGUUACAGUAAACACAGGAGAAUCAACUCCAACCUUUACAGUCACCUGGGAGAAGUGCCAUAUAGGCCAGCUAGGCCCGUAGUCUGGCCUGGUACUGGUGUCACAAACAAUAACAGCUUGGUGUUUAGCGUAGGUGCCAUGUUUUCAACCUCUCUGGUUCUUGGGAUCAUCUUUAAACCAAUUGUGCCACGACAAUAAGAGAUGGGUCAACACAACAAAAGAGCAGAAAAUUUAAGUUUGCCAUUACUGGUUUUCAGUUUGGCAGCGGUGUGAAAUCAAGUAAGGUAUCUGUAAGAGAAAUAUAUACUGAAUGAGAUUCUGGUAAAUCUUUGUGUGCCUUUUAGUUAUGAUGAUCAGAUUGCAGAUGCAUGGAAGAAUCGUUUAAUGAGUGUGAAGAAACCUGUACAUGUUAAGGCUAUUGAACUGUACAUAAAUUAUUUCAGGGGUUAUUUCGGGUGCAUGAAAAUAAUUAAAUCGGUCUCAAUAAACUUUGUUGUUGGACUACA